AUGGUGACUGGUACCCCGGGUCCUUGUGUGGGAAACAUCAGUCCGAUACCUCGCCUCAAUUUCAGUGGUCUAUGUCUUCAAGACGGCCCUCUGGCUAUUCGCCAAGCCAUCGAUGCAUCUGUGUUUCCUGCUGGCCUCACUGUCGCCGCUUCAUGGGAUCGUUCACUCGCUAGGGAACGUGGUUUCUAUAUGGCUAGUGAGUUCCGAGGAAAGGGCUCACAUGUAGCCCUUGGGCCCGUUGUUGGACCGUUAGGCCGCUCCCCCUUCGGAGGCCGCAACUGGGAGGGUUUCAGCCCAGAUUCCUACCUUUCUGGUGUACUUGUCGAAGAUACCGUUGAAGGCAUGCAGAGCACAGGACUGCAAACUUGCGUUAAACACUUUAUUCUAAAUGAGCAGGAGACCCAGAGAAAUCCCUCAAUCAGUGAAAAUGGUGUCACUAUUGAAGCUGUCAGCUCGAAUGUCGAUGACAAGACUAUGCACGAGACCUAUCUCUGGCCUUUUGCGAACGCAUUAAGAGCUGGAUCUUCGUCUGUGAUGUGUUCCUACAACCGUAUCAACGGCAGCUACGGAUGCCAAAACUCCAAGACACUCAAUGGCCUGUUAAAAGAAGAGCUUGGAUUCCAGGGCUAUGUCAUGUCUGAUUGGCUUGCGACUCAUACUGGCGUUGCGGCAAUUGAAGCUGGACUCGACAUGGACAUGCCCGGAGGCAUUGACUUCACAACUGGGACGCCAACUUACUUUGGUGCCAAUAUUACCAUGGCAGUGAAUAACGGUACCCUCGCUCUUGAACGAUUGGAUGAUAUGAUUCUUCGUAUCAUGACGCCAUAUUACUAUCUCGGUCAAGAUAGCGGCUAUCCUCACAUCGAUCCCUAUACGCCAAAUUUGAACUUUUUCCCAGAGUCAGCUUAUCUCUACAACUACACCUAUGGCCCCGAGACCAACGUUCGAAGCGCAGCAUCCACUCAGUUGAUUCGAGAACUGGGUGCUGCAGGCACUGUCCUUUUGAAGAAUACCAACAACACAUUGCCCCUUCAACAGCCAAUGCAGAUUGCCGUCUUCGGGAACGAUGCUGCCGAUCUCACCACCGGCCAGUACUACAGCGAUGAUUACGACAUUGGAACUCUUCCUGUUGGUGGGGGCAGUGGCACUGGGCGCUUCUACCAGAUCGUUCCUCCACUGGAUGCCAUCAAAUCUCGGGGUCAGUCAUAUGGCGCUCAUGUCCAAUACAUCACGGAUAACAAGUUCAUUUCCCAGACUGGACUGUCGUCGUUAGCACCAGUACCAAUAGACGUGUGCAUCAUAUUCCUUAAGUCAUGGGCUACCGAAGGCUUUGAUCGCACGACUUUAAUUCCAGGGUGGAAUUCUACGACAGUGGUAGAAAGUGUCACUAGUGUAUGCAACAAUACCGUUGUCGUUCUCCAUGGCGCAUCGCCAAAUACCAUACCGUGGCGAAACAAUGCAAACGUCACCGCCAUCCUUGUAGCGCACAUGCCUGGAGAGGAAACAGGCAACUCUAUCGUCGACAUUCUUUGGGGAGAUGUGAAUCCAUCUGGCAAGCUUCCAUAUACUAUCGCGAACAACGAGACUGAUUAUCAACACAAUAUCGAGAACAGCACCACUCUGCAAGAGACAAACGAUCCUAUUGCUUGGCAAGCAAAUUUCGUGGAAGGCAACUUGAUAGACUAUAAGGAAUUCGAUGCCGAGAAUAAAAGUGUCGCAUUCCCAUUCGGCUUCGGGCUCAGUUACACAACCUUCAACGUCUCAAAUCUGAAGACGAAUAUUGUGGUAGCUAACGCCUCGCGCACUCCGGAUCCUAAUGCACCAAUAUAUCCUGGUGGCAAUGUGGAGCUUUGGGCGACCCUUGUAACAGUUGAGGUCACCGUCAGCAACACGGGUGAAAAGGGGGGAGCUGCCGUCCCCCAACUCUAUCUCUCGUAUCCAGAUGAGGCGGGGAUGCCAGUGCGUAGCUUGAGAGGCUUUGAGAAGAUCUUUCUUAACCCUGGGGAGUCUACAUCAGUGUCAUUCGACUUGGCGCGGCGCGAUCUGAGUUAUUGGAAUGUCAAUUCGCAGCAGUGGAGGAUUCCCACGGGUAGUAUCACUGUUGGAGUUGGCUUCAACUCUCGCGAUCUGUCAUUGCAAAGCACCUUCAGUGUUUAA